GAGCCAAAAUUGCUCCUAUCAGUUCCCUCCAGCAGCUGGGAAGCCUUUCCACGCAGAGGUCUCCUCCUCCUUUUCGAAGAGAGUGAAUGGAGGGAGGGAAGCGAGUCUGAAGGGGGAGAGAAGAAAGAAAGCCAGGCGACGCCAUGUCCUCCCCCAAGAAGGGCUUCUACCGCCAGGAGAUCGCCAAGACGGUGUGGGAAGUGAGGGAGCGCUACCGGGAGCUGCAGGCGGUGGGCUCCGGAGCUUAUGGCGCCGUUUGCUCAGCUACUGACAGGAAAAGUGGAACUAAAGUGGCUAUCAAGAAGUUGUACCGUCCGUUUCAAUCGGAUCUUUUUGCCAAACGAGCCUACCGGGAAUUGCGGCUCCUCAAACACAUGAAGCAUGAAAACGUAAUUGGAUUACUGGAUGUCUUCACCCCAGAUGCAUCACUGGAUAAAUUUAAUGACUUCUACAUUGUCAUGCCUUUUAUGGGAACAGACUUGAGUAAAAUAAUGAAGCACGAAAAGUUAACGGAAGAUAGAAUCCAGUUCCUAGUUUAUCAAAUGUUAAAGGGGCUCAAGUAUAUUCAUUCAUCAGGCAUAAUUCAUCGGGACCUAAAACCUGGAAAUCUAGCAGUAAAUGAAGACUGUGAACUGAAGAUUUUGGAUUUUGGCCUAGCAAGACAUACAGAUAGUGAGAUGACUGGCUACGUGGUCACCAGAUGGUACAGAGCCCCAGAGGUUAUACUGAAUUGGAUGCAUUAUACACAAACAGUUGACAUCUGGUCAGUGGGCUGCAUAAUGGCUGAGAUGAUAACUGGAAGGCCGCUCUUCAAAGGCAACGAUCAUUUGGACCAGCUCACAGAAAUUAUGAAAGUUACAGGCACACCAACUCAAGAUUUUGUUCAGAAACUACAAAGCCAAGAUGCAAAAAAUUACAUCAAAAGCCUUCCAAAAGUGCAAAAGAAAGACUUUGCUGCCAUCUUGAAGUAUGCAACUCCUUUAGCAGUUAACCUUUUGGAAAAGAUGCUGGUAUUAGAUGCAGAGAAGAGGAUAUCAGCUGCAGAAGCUUUAGCGCAUCCUUACUUUGAGGCUAUUCAUGAUCCGGAAGAGGAAACCGAAGCUGAGAAAUACGAUGAGACUUUUGAUAACAUGGAUCUGCCCCUGGAUGAAUGGAAAUGUAUCACGUAUAAAGAAGUGAUAAAUUUUAACCCUCCGCCAUCACCGGAGUCAAAAGAAACAGCAGUGUAACCACAAGGACCUUUUCCCCCCUCCGAUAUCAGAUGAACAGACUAGACUGUAAAGUUUUUAUAUGUGUGUGUGUAUAUAUAAUUUAAUUGUACAAAUGUUUUAUAAAUAAAUUUGAUGUUAUCUGUUUUAAUUCGGAUUGUAAAAAAAAGUUGUCCUUGUAUUGUUUUCUCUUUGAACAAGUGCCUUGAUAAGUAGCACAAUAUGGUUAUGUGUUUACUUUCCCUAUAUACUUCUUGUCCAGAGAGACAGCAUUGGUGGAUUUGAAUCCCUCAUUGGCCAUAGAACCCACUGGAUGACAUCCUGGGCAAGUUCAAAAAGGGAACAUUUUCAAGCUUUUGGCAAUUGUUGCAGUCGCAGGUGUUUGUGACUGGUUCAAGCUGCAUUUUUUGUUUUUAUCACGAUACUUGAAAAGCCCCAUCUUAUCUUGAUGUGUAUUCAAGUCUGGUUGCUGUUAUCUGGCUCUCUUUUGUAACACAAAUACAUUCAGGUGCUGUAAUUACUCUCAUAGCAGCUGCCUAGAAAAAAGUCAUUGUAAUCAUGGGGAUGAGUACCAAGAAAAAUCAAGGAGAGGAGAAAAAGAUGAAUUGUGAUCUGAAUUUCUGCAAACACAACUUCCAUGUGAGAUGGCUUGAAAAAUAUAUUACGUGCAAUGUCCCCAUGGCUGUGUAUUAUGUCGGUGACAUAGCUCUGUCAUUGUAACGUUACACAUUUUUGCCUUUCGUGUAGGAUUUUGCUUAAUAUGUUGUAAGAUGAGAAUGCUGGUUGGAUUAAGUAGUGCCUCUCCAUUAUUAUUAUUAUUUGUAAUUUACCAGUUCUACUGAUGCUUGGAACUUUUUUUCAUGUCAGGAGCGACUUGAAAAAUUGCAAGUCGCUUCUGGUUUGAGAGAAUUGGCUGUCUGCAAAGACAUUGCUCAGGGGAUGCCCGGAUGUUUGAUGUUUUACCAUCCUGUGGGAGGCUUUUCUCAUGUCCCCGGAUGGGAAGCUGGAGCUGACAGACAUGAGCUCACCCGCUCUCCUCGGAUUUGAACCGCCGACCUUUGGGUCAGGAGUCCUGCCAACACAAGGAUUUAACCCAUUGCGCUAUCGGGGCUACUGCUUGGAAAAUAAAAAAAUCAGAACACAAUCUUUUUUUUUUUUUUGCUUUCAAAGUGAUAUGCAAAUACAAAUUAUACUCUAAAUGUACUGUGUACAAAAACCUUCUUAAAUGUUUUAGUCCCAUAGACAAUAAUAAUAUCCCAUUCUUUCUUUUUUUCCUUUUCCUAGUUAGCAAUCUCGUUCCUUAAAGCUAACUGAAAACCAAAUACAAACUAUUCCAGUAACUUCCUGUGAGAUGUUUAAAAGGAGAUGUAAAAAUAAAAUUAAGUGGUCCAAGGGCCCCAAGGAACUUCAUCUGGCCAGGACUAGCUUCAGAUAUUACUAUAUGGGACAAAAUCGAAUAUAUGGCACAUGGAGAUGUAUGUGAGAAAAAGGUUGCCCUGUGUUUACUAAGCUCCCUUAUGAUAAUCAAACACAGCCUGCCUUGUGUUUACUAAGAUACCUUAUUAUCAUCAAUUUUCCACUACCUCAAAUGUAGUGGGAAAUUGUUGUUAAUUGCCAUCAAAGUCAACUUCAACCUAUGGAUGAGAAGCCUCCAAGUUACCAUCAACAGCUGUCUCAGGUACUAAAGACUCAAAACCAUGGCUUCUUGAUUCCUAUCCACCUGAUAUGGGGUCUUCCUUUUUUCCUACUGCUGUCUACAUUGUUGUCUUUUCUAGUGAAUCAAGCCGACUAUCAUUGUUAAACUAAUUGUUCCUUCCAUCCUUUAAAGGAACUUCUUCAAGUAUUCACACACUUUCAGAAGAAGGCAAAUGCCAAGAAAACUCCAUGAUAAGCUUGCCAUGAAUUGGAAAUGACUUGAAGGCACACGAUAGCAGAACAGGAAAGUGGAGGGUGCUUUCUUUUUCCAAUAAUUAAAAAUGACUCCGUUCUUUUGAAGGAUGGGAUGUAAUGCAAAGAAUUUUGCCUAACAACAGGCAUCUUUGAGUUACAAACUCUUUACCCACUGAGGUUUAUUAAGCAAAGAAUGUUUGAAAACUAGUAGAUCAAAAGCCGCCAGGAGUCCUGCACACACUCUUUUAGGCAUCCUUUUAUAAGCUCAUACUUUCAUCUUGUAUAUCUGACUUUCACUAGUAAGAUUUCAGAGUGUUAUUCUUCCCCCAAUCCUUUUUUGGAUGCAAAUGAUGCUUGAAAGAUGGUAAGACAUAGACGGGGCACCUUACACGAAGGGCACAAUUCUGCAUAAAAACAUGUUUUCCAUGCUGUCCUCCUCCACAGUUGCCAAGUAACACUCUGCUGCACAAAAGGCUUUUAUGCUGGUACAUGAGAAUGACAUUUCCACCUAGCAACCACACCUAAUCUACAGUUUGAACAAUGGAUCUGUCCUUGGCUCCUUUCAUGUACGUAGCUAAUGAAUGGCACAAUUAUUCUUUGGACUUAAUCUGGUCUAACCCUAUCAGGUAACCUCUUAUAUUUUGGGGGUGGGUGGGAGUUUCUCUUCUUCAAAUAUUGUCAAAUGCACCUUGAUAUUUCUUACACAAAUACAAUUUACUUUGUAAGAACUUACUAAAGUUCUUAGUUGCUGUCCCCAAAAUGCUGUGAUAAUCAACUCCUAGUUCCUCCUUGAUUCCACCCUACACAAUUUAAAUAUUACUUGUUACAUUUUGUCUAUUGUAGAUAAACUUUGGAAUUUUUUUUUUACACUACAAGCAAACGCAUUGCAGGUGGACCAUAGCCUUGUCAAGAUUUCUGCAGGGAGAGUUUGCCGUUGCCUCUGAAGCUAAGAGAGUGACUUGUCAGAAAUAUUAAAAAUUAACUAGGUAUUUUUAAUUACAUAAAUGUGAGUCAAGCACUAUAAGGGUUAAAUGGAUGCAAUGACUCAGCAAAAGCUGCAGUUCAAUAUAAGCAGGUGUGCCUGUAACUUAGCCUGCCUCAGUAAGAGAAGGUAUCAGAGUGAGAGACGCCUCUGUGUGAGGUAGGCCUCAAUGGGAGAAACGCCUCAGUAUGAAUAAUCUGAGUAUAAGGCCUCAGUGUUAGUAGGCCUCACUGUGUUAGUGGGCCUGAGUAUGAGAGGGCCUUAGUGUGAGAAGGCCCUGAUGUGAGAAGCUUCGAUGAGAGAAUCUCCAGUGUGAUGACUUCUGUGUGUAAAGCUACUGUGUGAAGCUCCUGUAUAAGUUCGGUGAGAGAGGAGGCUCUGUGAGAGCGAAACUGUUUAUCUACAUGAGAAAGAAGCCCAGUGUGGAAUCAAGAAGGAAGUAUAAAGAACUUUAUUUGUGUUAUGGAAACCUUGUUCUUGUAAAUAGUGCAACCAUGUUUUUUUGCUAUAAAGAGAAGCCUCCAAAAGAAGAGAUAACAUUGUUCUGUGUGUUUUUGUUGUUUUUAUCACUUUUGGCUCUGGUGCUGGGUCACGCUGCUGCUAAUAAAUUACUCUGCUAUA